UUGGUAGGUGGCUGUCACGACGGAUGGGGCCUCAAUCGAAUCGAACUAGCAGAGGCCGCUUCCUCGAAUGGAAUGCAUGCGUGAAAAUGGUUGACGAUUUGCCGGAGAAUAUUUAUGACGAUAAUACACCGAUCUGUGAAGAUGGAUCGAGAGAGAGAGAGAGAAAGAGCGGAACAGAAGAAGAGCACUUCGGUACGGAACAGAGAGUGUGUGCAAGGAUAGUUACGGAAUCGGAAACUGUGUGAUAUAUGCCGAACCCAGUUGAUGUGGGAGAGGAAAAACGCACGCUCUCACAUCCAUCGCUAAAGGAUCUUAGGAAAAUGCGAGAGCAGCAUUGCUCUGACGAUUGAAGCAGGAAAAGUGAAAAAGUGGUAUUAAAGAUGAAAAGUUUCGUCCUGUCGAGUUUUCCGCCGAUUUAAAGUUGCGAUUUUUGCUGGGAAAAGUUUGACUUUAAUGGUUGAAAAGUUUUUCAAAACAGAAUGCACUCGCGACCGGAACGGGAACUGAUAAAUUAGUGCGUGAUCGACCGUUUCGAGUGGCGAUAAAGUGGUGAUGAAAAUUGAUUUCCAGCGAUAGUUGGAUUUUUUCCUCCCAAAAUCCAGGAGUGGGCUCCAUCGCUGGUAGGAUCGACGUCGACCGUCGCGGGGCUGGCAUUCAGCCUCCACUUUUUUCCCUUUUUUUCGCUGCAUGUUGCUCGCAACAAUGAUAAAAGUUAGACAUUUUAUUUGAUUGCGAUGUGAAAGUGAGUGAGAGUGAAAUAAUGGAGCUCGGUAACAUAGAAAUUCUGCUUGGUUUGCGAGGAUAAAAAACGAAAAAACGGGUGCCUCGCUGGAUAGGCGUGUGAUUGGAAAGUGAAAAUUUUAGUGCUGAGUUGUGCAAGUUUUUCGCGACAUAAAACGGGUCAGGUCAAAAAUCGGAGGGGAUGCGUGACGCGAUGCCAAAAGUGCUGGACAGUGACACUGAAUCGGAGGUACCAGCCAGCAUACAGAGUAACAACAACAGCGAACCUAACACGGACAAUGAGGAAAAACCGGAAGUGGACGCCCUUUCAUCGCGCGGCUCGCAGAUUGCUCCGGCGACAAAUGGAAAUGUCAGUGAUACGGAUAGUACCGCCAGUACUCCAAGCAAUGCCCGACUAGCGGUCAAUGGGAUUGGUCAUUGCAGCGCCGGAUCCAGUCUUCCACCGUCUUCAGCAGCAGUAACAACAGCAGCAGUACGAGCACCAACUCCUCCCAUAGGUACCAAUGGUACCAGCAGUAACACAGCCAAUAGCUCCAGUAAUCCUACGGGCCACAGUAACAGCAAUUCGACUGCUGUACCACCCGUGAGAUCAUCGUCAGCCUUAUCCGGGUCAUCGUCAUCAGCGCCAGCUACAGUCGCGAACGAGCGGGUAAAAAAGUAUCGCCAUCAACACUUCAGUAAGAACAUCUACAUCGGAACGAAAAAUGCCGAAAAAUGGGACACCUUACGAAAUCUGUUGCAGUUCAAAAACGACGUGGAGUUUGUUUCUUUUCUGCUCCGGCUAGCCGAGUUGGACGAUCGGAAAAGGAAAACCCGCAUCCUUAAUGGAUUGGCCGAUGGAAACCUACAUGCCACAGCUAGUGAGUCGCUGCGCGACUCCUUACCCGGUGUACUGACAAGCUCGAAGCACAACCAGCAAAACGGGAAACCUAGCACUAAGAAAACCAAAAGAGUACAAUUUCAGGACAGUGUAAAUAUCAUCAACGACAACAGUACGGCAAACACACUGCGUCCUUCCGGAGCCGGAGCUAUUUUUGACUUCCACGAGGACGAAGACGACAAUGAGGAUACGGCAGGAAUGGAAUUUCGUCGGCGGCGACAACGACCACAGCCAACGUUACGUUCCCCUCAGCCUCCUGGAGAGGACGAACGCCGAGACGAGGAAGCGGCAGCAGAUGGCGGCGAUGAAGAUGAGGAACAGUACAUCGUACAAAAUAUUAUCAAGAAACUGCCCGGGAGAGCAGGCAAAGCAAACGAGGUGCAGCAGGACUCCAUCAGCAGUACGAUGGGGUCUGUUUCCGAGGACUCACUGCAUACUGAAACAGAGGUGCUCGACUACCGUAUUGCCGAGAAGAUAAAAACAGAGCUAGAGGAGAAGCAAAAACUGGAGAGAAAAUCUUUCACCGAAGAGUUACCAUCUACAUCCAACUACUCGGAACAUUCUGAUCGUCCCUCUGAUGAUGAGGCGUACGAUAGCAAGUUGGAUAUCAAAAAGAUAGACAUUCGAAAGAUUCCUUUCGAUCCCAAGUUGGGAACCAGCAGAAAAUUGAAACGGGAAACUGGAACGGUAGAUCUUCGUAUAGAAUACGAAGAGCAGGAAUACGGUCGUCUGACACCAGAUGAGCGAAAACCGUUGUUACCACCGCCUAAAAAGCCUAGAAAGGCAGCUACAACGAAAUAUAAGGCCUGCACAGGGUGUGGUUUGAAGCAUGGAAUUGAUCCGUGUCCUUUAAAUAACCCCUUGGCAACUAUCAAUAACAAAAUCGAGCUUAAAGAAUGGUUAGAGCAAAACGAGGAUUUAAUCAAGAAGCACAAGAUCGUGCUGAAACCGGAGAAUCCAGAAGAGAUGGACGACGAGAACGACGACAACUAUGAUGACGAUGAUGAUGAAGACGAAGGAGACGAUAAUGAGGAAAGCCAGUUCGAAGAGAAGCUAGACAUCUUGCCUUCGUUUUCCGAAACAUCUCUUCCACCGGAGUUUGAGUUGCGGUUAGCACCGAUAGCGACAACAAUCAGCACUGGUCCAGCUGGCAGUGCUGUCAGCAACAAUCAUCCCCUACCCCUAGAUCUAAAUGAAUCCUCACCCUCAGCUGCAAUUUCUCACGCAGACCUGCAACAAACACUGCUUCCGUCUCCUGCCGGUACGUUCACGAAUACAGUAAAUCAUGGACUUAGUAUCUACACGAAGGUCUUCAUUCCAAAGUAUACCCAACUGGGGCCGGUAAUCGGCCAGAUUGCUAAAGAAACCGAGAUCCAGGAUGAUUGCAAUAUGCGCUACAUCUACGAAACGUUCAACGGAACCAGAUCCACGUAUGUUAACAUGGAAAACAAGAACCAAGCGAACUGGCUGAGAUAUCUGCGACCGGCUCGGCACCGCGAUCAGAAAAAUUGCGUGCUGAAAGUUCGCGAUAUGCAGAUAGUGUUCGUAACCUGUACGGAUUUGGAUGUGGGCAGCGAGCUGCUCUACUGGAGCGACGAUUCCAAUUCGGCGUGGGGAAAGAAGAAGAUGGAGAAAACUAAUUGUGGUGGUUGCAAUCUACGUUUCGAUCAUCCCCUGUACUACCGAACACACUGCUCGGUUUUCCACGAUCCAGCUUUUAGUCUGACAAUACGGAAGUAUCACUGCAAGGUGUGUGGAGUGGCUGUACUAGGCAAGGAAAACAUUAUGAAGCACGCAGAGAAAGAGCACGAUGGCAAAGGAGCUUAUCAGUGUCAGUUUUGUCAGAAGUUCUUCUUACGCCUUAACUACCUGGAGAUGCAUCGAACAUACGGGUGUAGUAUGAACCCUCAGCGGGCACGACCUCUUUGUGAUUUUUGCGGGCGCAAGUUCUGUCAGCCACAGAAGCUCAAGGUUCACAUUAAGCGAAUGCACAGCGAUAUGGCGGAAGUGUUGCGUGAUUUCCAGUGCAAACUGUGCUCGAAGCUGCUAGGUUCGCGGGCCGCACUGCAGCGUCACUCGAAGGAAGUACACAGCCGAAACUCAGCGGUAGUGAGUUGCCCUCGCUGUCAGAAGCUGUUCCAAAACAGAAGCAACUUGAAGAUUCACAUGCUCACUCACUCCGGAGUGCGACCGUUCAAGUGUGCUGAAAACGAAUGCACGGCGGCUUUCACAACGAAGCAGUGUCUGCAGUUCCACUACAAAAAGGUCCACGGAUAUACUCAGGAACAGAUGCCGAAAAUAGAGCGCAGUGUUGCGUACACCUUCGACGCGUAUUCUGGUGGUAUGAAUGAUGGAUUGGUUGAUCUCAUUUUAGAUGGAAUCCAACGUCGGCAGCGUCGGAAGCUGGAGGCAGGCGAGGAAGGUCAAACGUUAGGACCGGGAGAAAAGAGGAAACGCCCACCGAAAGAGCUGCCUGGUAACAUUCUCAAGACCAAGAAUAUCUUGGAAUCAUUCAACGAGAUUUGCAAAAACGACAGCAAUUUGUCGCUGCUGUCGACAAAAAUAUCAUCGAUUCUUAACGGAAAUCUCAAGGAUUUCACCAAAGUGCCCAGUGGUGUACCUGGUCUGGAUGCAGAUGGUGUGCGCAAGGAAGAACUGGACGACGAUCUGGAUUCGAACGAUUGUGCCGAACGAGACGAACGUCUGGAGGCAAUUCAGCGGCAUCUGAACCAACCGAUGCAAGAUGACAAAAACGAUGACUUCAGCCAGUUGCAGUCCCGUUUGGCUAACAUAUCAGGUCAACCUGAGCAGAACCCGUUGCACUACAAACUUCCCAGCGGCGACGAUGGAAAACCACUAGCCGACAGUGAUGGCUUUGGAGAUCUGAACUCGCUGGCUGCCAGUCAAAAGUACAAAGACUUUAUCAAUGGGGGCAACCCGGGACUGGUGAUCAGCAAGGGAAGCAAAAAGUGGAUUAGUGAUGAUGAUCACCUGCCAGAUGACAACAAUUCCGAUAAUAUGCUAACGUCAGCCGCUAACAGAGAUUUUCUCACGAAGUUGAUCAUGAAUGGUCAUGGUGCUUCUGCAUCGCAUCCUGCCGAUGAUGACGAGGAUGAUGAUGACAACUCGACGAUUUUGGACGUGGUAGACUCCAACAACCAGAAUCAGCAAAAUUCCAACACACAACCUCAUCAGCAGUCACAUCAACAGCAGCAGCAACAGCAGCAACAACAACAGCAACAGCAGUAUACGUCUAGCUUCGCCGGGCUUAAUAGCUCACUGCCUGACUUGCCGGCCUUCCAGAGUCACAGUUUUUCAACACACUUCAACCACCAGUCGUUGCUGGGCAGUUUUUACAACAGCAACAGUGGAGUCGCUGGUCGAAGUGCCGGAAUUAACACUAUUCCAACGUCUGCCAGUAUGCUGGUGGAAGCCGCCCUGAACUCCGUGAGCAAUAUAAUUAACGAAGCGGAAAUGAACAGCAGCAACAACGAUAACCAAGAUCUUCACAUGGGUGACAUCGAUGGUACCAAUGGAACUGGUGCUGAGAACAACUUACCAACCGAUACGUUUACGACUAACGAGGUUAAUAGUGCUGUCGAUGAUAUGAAAAUGAUGAAACCUCACAACUUCCCGCUUCAGAUGAACUCCAUGUCGCAAUUCACCAAUCCAUCGCCGGAUGAUGCCAGCAUGAUACAGGAGCGUAACGAAAUGGAAGUAGUUCGGCCCAAGUCACGGGACAAACUAACCAGCUAUGGCGAAGGAGAAAUACUGGGCUAUGAUAGUCAACAGCAGCAAUCGACGCCACACAAGCACAAUCCAAGCGUCGAGUCAGUUCGUAGCGCCCUGUCGCCUGAACAGAACGACUACAACUACUCGAACUCCAAUGGUGCCGCCCAACGUCAGCAACAACAAAUUGUUACCAAUUCCCCGGCACGGUCAAACUCUAGACCAAUGUACGCCGAACACGAUCUCAUAUCGCCAGCAUCAACACCCUCGCUACCACGGUAUGACUUCGGAACAGACAACAAUGCGUACGCUCGCAGACAGGAGAAAACCAUCAGUUCACUGGCGUUGGAAAACUUUGAGGCCAAUCUGAAAGCCAACAGCCAUCACAUGCAGCAUCUGUCUAGUGACGAAGACAGUAGUAUCGUGAUUGCCGAGAAUCUUUCUGUUAACGCAAGCAAUACCGAAGGUAAAAUGAAGUUGAGUAGUCAUAAUUCGGCCACCGAUUUCUUGGCGUCGAAUGCUGCAGGUGCUGGAAAUAAGUAUGAUAAUGGCCGUAACAGCUUAGGAUCGGACUUAUCGACAGACUUGCGUCUGAAGUACAACUCCGAACCUAGUGUAGAGCUUCCCGACUUCCGAUCGGGCAGUAACAUGAAUGAGACUUCCGAUUUCCAAGGUCUGGAUAUGAGCUCCCGUGCUGGUCUGCCGUCCAGCUAUUCGCACAGCAACUUCCAAGUUCCAUCGGCUGGAACUAAUUUGAACUUUAAUCGUUACCACCAUCAUAUCUACGAUAUACUGAAUGAACGUGAACAGCAGCAUCAGCAGCAGCAACAACAACAACAUCAGCAGCAGCAACAAGAGUUCCAUCUCCAACAGCAGCAGCAUCAACAACAGCAACAGAUGCAGCACAUGAUCCAGGAUCACAUCGGACCUGAAAGUGAAUCCGAUCAGCCUGCGUCGGUUGACCUUAGUCGCACCUCCAAUUAUCUUGUGCCAUCUCCGCCAUCCCCGGCAAUUCCAUACUCUCAUCCACAUCCGGAUAUGAUCCGUAUGGUUUCCUUGGAUUUGAGUUCUAACAGUGGUGGCAACAUGAUCGUGGGCAACACACCCCAUCACGUUCGCCAUCCAUCAUUUUUAUCCUCACAGAUCCAGCACUCGAAUCGGGACUCGUUACCAGAUCACCACCGGCUACUGGCUAGUGAGCAGCUUGCUGCCACCAACCAUCGCCUUCUGGUGGAUCCUACUGCUCAUCUGAUCUUCGAGCAGAACAACCGAUUGUUGGCGGAGACCCCAGGUCCCUCGCCCGCCCCACCACGACACGUGGUUUCUCCACAAAGAGGUUUCGGAGCCUACCAUCAUCAUCACCAUCACCAUCAGGUAGGAACUGCUUCCAGCUAUCAUCAUCAUUCGGUCAAGCAGAAUCUUACCACACCACCGUUGAAUCAGCACGCUUCCGCUGCUACCGCGAAUUAUCAUCCUUUUCCGACUUACUACUAAGGAAGUUAAUCAGCAUAAUCCUUCUGUAGGUCAGGAAAUAAAACAAAAGACACUCAAAGAAAAAAAAACACUUGAAAAUUGUUUAUUUGUUUAUAACAUAUGCUUAGGUUCUUUGUAGAAGUACUUAAAGUACACAUACGAAUCACACAAACUGCGUAAAAAAAUUAGACUACUAUUAGUUGAAGGCUGUAAAGAGUUACCGAAACCGAAUCAGUGGCACAAACACACACACAAAAACACGCCGAUAACUAACGCUGAUCUAGCUCAACAAGUAUUAUAUUGAGAACAAACACACAGAAAACAACACCCACCAGAAAAGCUAACGCCCUAGGACAAGAGAUAUACACAAAGUAGAGAUAAAAGAAAAUCAGUAACGCGUAAAUGCGUUUUCAAUACAUGAAACGAACAAUCUGUUAAGUGUCGCUAUAUUUCUAAUAUCUUGCAGCAUCUCAUUGGAUCUGGAUUCAUUCGAAGAGUAUUUUUAUGUAUAAUAACUACUGUUUGCAAUAGUUUUUCAUGCAGUCAUACUUGGUAGGUGUAACAAUACAUUUUGAGCUCUAUUUUGAAUAUUUGUUGUACAUAUAUUGUUACCAAUCCAAACAAUCAAAACAAAAAAAAAAACUGAAAACGAAAGCAUCGCAUAGGUGUCGCGCUGUCGAAGGACAUCACAAAUGUUGUAGCUUCUGGAAACCUUUAUUUUCCAAGCAUUUAGCACGAAUUCAGCAUCCAUUGCAUGACGAAACAAUACUUAUCGUAGUUUGUCAUAUUUAUUCUAACGAAAUGGAAGAUGUAGAGGAAAAAAACAAAAAAAAAACUAGAGUUAUACCAACCCAGCAGAAGACAAAACCUACCAAAACAAUUUAAGAAUAUUGUGCCAAAAAUUGAAGACACAAAAGAAGAAAUACAUACCACGAAACGACAUCUUUUUUGCUCUUGUCUACCGAAUCAGCAGUCUUGUCAUUUAACCCGUUUUACUAUAGUAGGUGUAGAAUCGAUAUUUACAAAAACCCAAAUCUGUAUUUGUGUAAUAAUGGACAGCAAACCUUAAGAUACAACAGAGAAGAAAAAUAAAGAAUAGUGUUCUAUGUAACAGUGGCACAAAAAAACCAUCGCAGCAUGUGAUUGUGAUGAAUUGCGAACCGGGCGGAGGAACGGAUACAGCAAACGGAACAAACUCCCACAGUCACACAAUAUUUCAUAAUUUACACGCACACACAAGAACGCGCGUGCGCGCGGACACAUGCUAAACCCAUUUUUGACCAAUGCGCAAAGACAGCAUCAGCAGCAUCGCGCAAGAACAAUAAAACCGUACUGUUCAAAAAUAUGAAGCUACAUCUGUAUACCGACAGGCUAAUCGUGAAAUGGGACAAAUACGAGAAAAAAUAUUCCAUUACAACAAAACUUUGCAAGUACACAAUAUAAUAGAAUACAAUCUUUACCUUGAUGAUGGUGAAAAAAAAACAAAGCAAAACUAAAUCAGGCAUGUGUAUUAUACGAGAAAUUAAUAAAGAAACUACAGAUAACUGA